CGCUUUACUCUACAACGGCGGUCCUUGUGAGGUAGGUCGCUCAAGGCUCGCAACCCCUUCGUUAAAUCCGGAUAUCACAACGGGUUCAAGUCAGGCCGCAGAAUUUCAACGUGUCUGGAGUGUAACUGGAAAUACCGAAGCCGCGUCAAACGUCACACUACCACGGCGGACGUAACGGAGUGCAUCGUGAAAUUGUCGCAUGACAAAGGAACUUUAAUUCCUGAUGAAAUUCCCACAUCCAACCAUUCGAAUUUGAGGUGUUGAACUCGUUCCAGCGGCAUGUCAGAAAAAAUGUACUAUUGGGGAGAGGAACGGGAGGCGGCGGACUCGGAGCAGACCUUCAUCGAGUUCAAGGCGAAACCCUCGUCAGCAGGAGAGUCGUCACGGGCAAUCCCGAAGAUGGUGGUGUCGCCGCCGCAAGGGGAGAUAACGGGCGCUAGUAGUCGGGGUGAGGACGCGGAACGCGGUGGCUGGGACAACAAGCUGGACUUCCUGUUCUCGUGCAUCAGCGUCUCGGUGGGCCUCGGAAACGUCUGGAGGUUUCCUUACCUCUGCUACAAGAAUGGAGGAGGUGCUUUCCUCGUCACUUAUGGAAUCGCGAUGAUCUUUUGCGGAAUUCCGAUAUUCUUCCAGGAGGUUGCGAUCGGUCAGUACCUCGGCGCCGGUGGAAUGACCCUCGUCGGUCAGCUGUGCCCUUUGCUCCAAGGGGUCGGCUACGCGACCAUGACGAUCGUCUUCUUCCUGGACGUUUACUACUGCAUCAUCAUCGCCUGGACCUUGUUCUACCUGAUCGCAACCUUCGCCAAUCUUCCCGGACUGCCUUGGAGCGGUUGUGGUAACUGGUGGAACACGGAAAGCUGCUUCAGCGCCGAGGAGGCUAUUCAGGAUCUCGAGAAACACGCGAACGCGACAACAUCGACGUCGAGCAAUCAGACCGUGCACCAUACAACGCCAGUCGAGGAGUAUUGGGAUCGACGCGUUCUUGGAAUAACUGGAGGCAUCGAGGAAAUCGGUGGAAUGCAGUGGGAACUCCUGGGGUGUCUAGUUUUAGGCUGGCUACUAGUAUACGCAAUAAUACGACGCGGGCUUCAUCAGAGCGGCAAGAUCAUCUGGUUUUCGGCCCUCUUUCCGUACGUAGUACUGUUCAUUCUUCUCGGUCGUGCCGUGACCUUGGACGGUGCUGCGGAUGGGCUUCUUUACUACGUAACACCGCGAUGGAAGGAGCUACUGACUCCUGGACCCUGGAUCGACGGUGCGACGCAGAUAUUCUUCGCUUACAGCAUCGGGACUGGGGCUCUUCCGGCUCUCGGAUCGUACAACAAGUUCCAUCACAACUGUUACAAGGACGCUCUGAUCACCUGCGUCGUCAACACUCUGACCUGUCUGCUGGCCGGUUGCGUCACCUUCUCCAUCCUCGGCCACAUUGCCAUGGAACAGAACACCGAGGUAUCCGAAGUCGUCAAAAGCGGACCUGGCCUCGUUUUCCUGACCUACCCCGAAGUUGUGCUCAAGCUGCCUGGAGCACCAAUUUGGGCGAUAAUAUUCUUCGUCAUGCUUAUAAUUCUUGGCAUAGACAGCGAGUUCUGUAUCGUGGAAUCGUUCAUCACCGGUGUCGUUGACAAUUGGCCCGACACCCUUCGCCCUCAUCGUAACAAGUUUACGGUCGCCAUAUGCUUGCUGAUGUUCUGCAUGGGGGUUCCCAUGGUCACGCACGGCGGAGUCUAUAUCUUUCAGUUGAUGGACUUCUACUCGGCGAGCGGAAUGUCGAUCCUCUGGGUUUGCUUCUUUCAAACAAUAGCGAUAUCGUGGAUAUUCGGCACUCGGAAGUUUUGUGACUGUGUUCAUCAGAUGAUGGGUAUUCGUCCCAAUAAAUUCUGGUACAUAUGCUGGCUGGUUUUUGCCCCUGUUGUUAUGGCGUUUAUAUUCGUAUUUCAAUGCGUCCAAUACAAGCCGUUGAAGUACGGCAGUACUUACGAAUACCCAUUGUGGGCUGAGGUGGUUGGGUUCAUUCUUAGUUUCUCGUCUAUGAUUUGGAUACCAGCCUACGCCGUGUACUACGUCAUUGCAUCGCCAGGAUCGUUCAUGGAGAAUAUCCUGAAGGGAUUGAAGCCGAACAUAAAAUCCAGAGCUAAACUACCGAAGGGUGAAAAAUCUGCGAUCAUUCCCAUGUCCGAGAGUAGCGCCGGCCUGAUUUCAAAAAACAACAGCUUUCUCAGUCAGUAACGAUACCCGAACGAGCCCGCAGGGCGUUUGACAGGAUAUACCGAAGUGUGAUGGGGGUUUAUGUGUUUAUACGUGUGCCUGUAUCUGCACACCCAUGUAUAUGCGUAUAUUCAUAUAAAUACUUCGUGGGGAUUCCGUCUUGUGUGUACAGGCGCAACGCAGUGAUACAUAACGUAGCAUUACACGACGAAAACGUCGAACACGACAUCGAGGAGACAAGUAAGUCAAUCAAACGCUGUGGGUUCGUUAAUGCUGGUAUACCUAUUCUGACGAGAAAGGAGCGACGAAAUGCAGAGCAAGGUAGGAAUAUAUUUGUUGCGCGAAAAAAAAAACAUGCGGUAGUUACCGCUAUACAAUUUGUGAGACUAUAAAAUUGUUGACGUUAUUAUUAGUAUUGUUAUUAUUAUUAUAUUAUUUUUAUUAUUAUCGUUAUGAUGGAAAGUAAUGUGUAAAAUAGUCUAGAGUCGCAAACUAGACAUUGACGAUCAUUUAGUUUUAUCGGAUCCGCAAAAAGGAAUAAACGAAAAGCGUGGUUCUUGCGAUUAGAAAAGCUUAAUUGUAGGACGGAUUCAGCGUUUAUAGUUAUCGUUGCUUGUACAAACAUACCUUACGUUUUAGGAAUUAAAACAUAGUCCGGCUAUAUAAUUCAACGAAUCAAACGCUAUUCAUUUAAGGCAAUUAUACGUGUAGCCAUGAUAAAUUAAGAAGAAAAGAUAUAUAUCAAUAACUUUUCCAAACCGCUGUGCGGUGAUAUUUUUAUCAGCGUUGUGGUGAGUGAUAUUUUAAGUGCUGGAAUUAGAUUAUCGAAGAUUUGAACGACAGUUAAACGGCCAGAUUCGUUUGAUUUUGGAACCAGACUGUGGAGGGAUUUUGUUCUCAUGAAUAUAAUGUAAUAUCUGUACAUAAUCUUUUAUCUACAUGUUAUUGAUACAAUCAAGCGUGCAUUUUUUUACGACACCAAAGAUUUUUUGUUCGUUUAUACUAUUUUUUUUCCCCAAUCUUUCUUCAAUAUGAGCCGCGUGGCUUCUGAUCAAAAUUGUACGAAUACCUAUACAAUAUCUACACUUUAAUGUCAGAAUUAAGAUCUGAUGGGUUCCUAUAGAACUUAGAAAUAAGACUCAAUACGUCGCGUAAUUUGAACACGAGAAGGCUUUUUACGUACACGAAUAAUCGAUUAAGUGUUCAAUUUUUGUAACAGAAAUCUAUUACGCGAACCUUCAAUUUCAGAAAGGUUUUUUCAAUCAUAUCCUGUGUCUUUUUUUUUCCCAACAUUUUAUCGUCUAACUGCCAUCAAUAAAAGACUAGGAAGUUUCGAUUCCGCCAAAUGCUCAAUAGGAUGUACCAUAUCUGUAUACAAUGUCGCUGAAUUGAAGGCGAUUUCAUAUUUAACGUACAGCUCGACUCGUGUUCGUUUGUGUUGACGUGUUUUACAGAUCGUAAUUCAAAACGAUAUACAGAAAAUUUAUGUAGACUUCAGUGUACAGUUUAUAUGUACGUAUUAGUUAGUUUAAAAAAAAAGAAGAAAUACAUCCGUAAUUUAUUGUUGUAUAUCUGAUCACUAUAUUUUAUAGACAUUAAAGAGCAAUACU